AUGGCAACUGGUUCAGGUGGAGGUGAUGAUGACUUCUCUGAAUCUUCAUCGAGUUUUUUUCAACAAGAACUAAAUCGUAAUGAUACUGAACGAGAUUUAUAUGCAAUUUUACAGAUCAGUAAAGAAGCUUCCCAAGCUGAAUUACAACAAGCCUUUCGACGUUUGUCUUUACUGUAUCAUCCGGACAAGCAUGCUGAUCCAAGAACAAAACAACUAGCGAUGGAUCUAUUUAUUCAAGCGAAAAAAGCAUAUGAUAUUGUCUUUCGUUUUCAGAUCAUAACUCGCACGAAAACUGCACGAGAAAUUCUUGAUGAAUAUGAAAGAUUGGCAAAAGAGCGUGAGGAAAAGCGCUUUCAGCAGAUUACAAAUCCAAACGGCUCAGUUCAAAUGACAUUAAACUUAACAGAUUUAUUUGAACAAAUGAAUUCAACUGAUGACAACGAUUUUUAUAAACCCAACAUCGAAAUUAGUGAAUUUACCGUGGCUCAGGGUAUCGAUGUUCCCUUGACAAAUCAAGACACAGCCACAGUAUCAGCUGUUGCAACAACAAGAAAUGGACGAGGCUCAGGAUCUAUAACAACAUCUUUUAGGCGUGUUUUAGCCGAUUCAUCAUGGUUUCGAAUUGAUCUGGGUUUUGGUAAUAGAAAUAUAUUGGCAUUGCGAUAUUUCCGACGGUUAACUCAGAAAUUACAGGCCAGUGUUAGUAGCUCAUUUGUUCUUAUGCAAGCUGGGGCAAUUGUGACUCCAGGUUUUUUAUUUUCAACGACAUAUCAAUUAGGAAAACACACAUCGACUAGUUUACAAUGGAAAACGGGAAACGAUUCGUUUAUGAAAGGUGAGUCAACCUGGUUUGAUAAUAUGCUGAUUGCUCUAAAGUAUGCUUCACAUUAUUUUGUAGCUGGUUUGCAUUAUGAUAACCAACAAUGGUCAAUUGCCACAGCAGUGCAACUUGGCUUUGUGAACACGUAUGGUGCUAUUGAUGGUAUUUAUCGUUUACAGAAUAUUUGUAAUCUACGUUUUAGUUUAAAAAUGUUCAUAUUUGGACCAUGGAUUGAAUAUGGAAUUGACCGACAGUUAACAAAAUAUACACAUGGUUCAGCAACAGUUGCUCUUAGUACGAGAAUGGGUGUGCUAUUGAGGUUGAAAUUUUCACGUGGCAGUCAAUCAUUCACAUUUCCAUUACAAUUGUCGCAAGAAAUUAUACCUAGUUCUGUUUUUUACGCUACUGUUCUUCCAGUGAUUGCUUAUUUAGCAUUAGAUCGAUUGAUAAUUAGGCCAUUUUCAAAGUCACAACAAGAACGGGAACAAAAACAACGUCAAGACGAAGCACGCGAAAAACAAACUGAACGUCGACAAGAAGCAAUGAAUGCUCAACAAGUUUUAAGAACUAUAGCUGAACGUACAAAAGAUAAUGAAGGUGUAAAUGGUUUAAUAAUUAUCAGUGGACAUUAUGGUCAUUUGAUAUCAGAAGAAACGGAUCCAUCAAAAGUAAUCGAUGUGACUAUACCGUUGCAAGCAAUUGUCAAAGACUCUAAAUUAAUGAUAGCAACAAACGUAUCAAAAUCAAACAUUACCGGUUUCUAUGAUCCGUGUAUUGGUGAAGAAAAAUCAUUGUAUAUCAAAUAUUCUUUGCGUUCCCAAUUACAUCAGCACACAUUUACAGAUGAGGAGCCAAUCAUUCUUCCUAGCAGAGAUCGUUUGAACAGAUUUCGAUUAUUUGAUGGAGAAACUUUAUAUUCUUUGAAGAAAUGUAUUUUAGAUGAUAUUCAAGUCAAUUGUUUACAUCAAAUACCUAUUCGAUUUGUAACGUCCACAACAACAACUCAUUUUGGUUUUGAUGAAGUACCUGAAAAUGAAAAACAAACACGUGUCAAUGAAGUAUUUUCAUCUGUAGCAAAACGGUAUGAUGUAAUGAAUGAUCUAAUGAGUUUGGGUAUUCAUCGGGUAUGGAAAGACUAUUUUAUCGGUAUUAUUAAGCCAAAUGCGUCAUGGAACUAUAUCGAUGUUGCCGGUGGAACUGGCGAUAUUGCUUUUCGUUACUUAAAUUACAUCGAUCGUAAUUUUAGACAAACACCAACACCAACACCAACCCUAACACCAACUCCACCACCAACAGAUUUAUCAUCUACACCUGAAAUCAAUAUUUCCUCGACUCCAACACACAGUUACAUGGCUGAUUCUAGGACUGAAAGUCUGAUAUGUCCAACAUCAAAUUGUGUAGUUGUCGAUAUUAAUUCAAAUAUGUUAAAUAUUGGUCGUCAACGGGCACAAGAAAAUAAUUUAGCAUCUCGUAUCCAGUGGAUAGAAGGCAAUGCUGAAUCAUUACCAUUUCAGAAUGAACAAUUUGAUUUGUAUACAAUCGCAUUUGGUAUACGAAAUUGUACACAUUAUGAUAACGUUGUUAAAGAAGCUUAUCGUGUAUUGAAAAAAGGUGGACGUUUUUUAUGUUUAGAAUUUAGUCAAAUUAAUAAUCCUCUAUUACGUUAUGCUUAUGAUCAAUAUUCAGUGACAUUCAUACCACCGUUAGGACAAAUUAUUGCCGGUGAUUGGAAAUCAUAUCAAUAUCUAAUUGAGUCAAUAAGACAAUUUCCGUCACAGGAAGAAUUUUCUUCUGUAAUACCUGUCUGGCUCAGUGAGUUUAUAAAAUCAAAGCCAAACCAUGUUCAAGCCGCUGGUCAAAAUUGUUAUAAAAAAGAAAACGGCGCAUUUACUGGAGAAACAAGUCCACAAAUGUUGGAAGACUUGAAAUGUCAAUGGGUCAUUUUAGGACACUCCGAACGUCGUACAAUUUUCAAAGAAACAGAUGAUGAAAUUGCAGAAAAAGCAAAAUUUGUUUUGGAACACACAAAACUUAGCGUUAUCUUUUGUAUUGGUGAAACACUUGAAGAACGAGAACAAAAUAAAACAAAUGAUAUUGUUACACGACAAUUGAAUGCACUUAAACAGAAAAUUGGUGAUAGCAAAGAUUAUUAUGACCGUAUUGUUGUUGCAUAUGAACCAGUUUGGGCAAUUGGAACAGGCAAAACUGCCACACCCGAACAGGCGCAAGAAGUACACAAAUUUAUUCGUGAUCAUUUUCUCAAAACGGAAAUUAGUGAAAAGUGUGCUAAUGUUACACGAAUUAUUUAUGGAGGCUCUGUAACUGGUAAAAACUGUGCUGAUUUAGCCAAAAAGCCAGAUAUCGAUGGUUUCUUAGUAGGUGGCGCUUCUUUAAAACAAGAAUUUACUGAAAUAUGUAAUUCAUGGCAACAAAACAAAAGUUCAUAA